AAGGCUAGGGGGGCCGGCGGCGGCAGCGGCUGUGGGGGCCCGAAGGGGAAGAAGAAGAACGGAAGGAACCGAGGGGGCAAAGCCAACAACCCUCCAUACCUGCCCCCAGAGGCUGAAGAUGGAAACAUCGAAUAUAAACUGAAGCUGGUGAAUCCAUCGCAGUACCGCUUUGAGCACCUAGUGACCCAGAUGAAGUGGCGGCUCCAGGAGGGCCGCGGUGAGGCUGUCUACCAGAUCGGAGUGGAGGACAACGGGCUGCUGGUGGGCCUGGCUGAGGAGGAGAUGCGCGCCUCCCUCAAGACCCUGCACCGGAUGGCAGAGAAAGUUGGGGCUGACAUCACGGUCCUCCGGGAGCGAGAAGUGGAUUAUGAUAGUGAUACGCCCCGGAAGAUCACCGAGGUGUUGGUACGAAAGGUCCCUGACAACCAGCAGUUUCUGGACCUCCGAGUGGCCGUCCUGGGAAACGUGGAUUCGGGGAAGUCGACUCUGCUGGGAGUCCUGACCCAGGGGGAGCUGGACAACGGGCGGGGCCGGGCCCGGCUCAACCUUUUCCGACACCUGCACGAGAUUCAGUCGGGCCGCACCUCCAGCAUCAGCUUCGAGAUCCUCGGAUUUAACAGCAAGGGAGAGGUGGUGAAUUACAGCGACUCCCGGACAGCCGAAGAGAUCUGUGAGAGCAGCUCCAAGAUGAUCACCUUCAUCGACCUGGCCGGCCACCACAAGUACCUGCACACCACCAUCUUUGGCCUCACCUCCUACUGCCCCGACUGCGCCCUCCUCCUUGUCAGUGCCAACACUGGGAUAGCCGGCACCACCAGGGAACAUCUGGGGCUGGCCCUAGCCCUGAAAGUGCCCUUCUUCGUCGUGGUCAGCAAGGUAGACCUGUGUGCCAAGACCACGGUGGAGAGGACAGUACGGCAGUUGGAGCGAGUGCUCAAACAGCCUGGCUGCCACAAGGUCCCCAUGCUGGUCACUUCCGAGGAUGACGCCGUCACCGCUGCCCAGCAGUUUGCCCAGUCACCCAAUGUCACCCCAAUCUUCACACUCUCAAGCGUGUCUGGAGAAAGCCUGGACCUGCUUAAAGUCUUUCUGAACAUCCUGCCGCCGCUGACCAACAGCAAAGAGCAAGAGGAGCUCAUGCAGCAGCUGACGGAGUUCCAGGUCGAUGAAAUCUACACAGUACCGGAGGUGGGGACUGUUGUUGGAGGGACACUGUCCAGCGGGAUUUGCCGCGAGGGGGACCAGCUGGUGGUGGGCCCCACAGACGACGGCUGCUUCCUGGAGCUGAGAGUGGGCAGUAUUCAGCGCAACCGUUCGGCCUGCCGUGUGCUGCGAGCUGGGCAGGCCGCCACGCUGGCCCUUGGGGACUUCGACCGCGCACUGCUUCGCAAGGGCAUGGUGAUGGUGAGCCCUGAGAUGAAUCCCACCAUCUGCUCCGUGUUCGAGGCGGAGAUAGUUCUCCUGUUCCAUGCCACGACCUUCCGGCGGGGGUUCCAGGUGACGGUGCACGUUGGCAAUGUCCGCCAGACUGCAGUGGUGGAAAAGAUCCAUGCCAAGGACAAGCUGCGGACAGGGGAAAAGGCAGUGGUCCGUUUCCGCUUCCUGAAACACCCGGAGUACUUGAAGGUGGGCGCCAAGCUGCUGUUCCGGGAGGGCGUCACCAAGGGCAUCGGACAUGUCACCGACGUGCAAGCCGUCACAGCCGGAGAGGCCCAGGCCAACAUGGGCUUCUGAGCACCACCACCCCCACCCCCCGGGUGGGGACAAGUCAAUUGCCGCCCCUCCAAUACACAGUGACUUCCGCCCGCUGCCCACUGUUGGCGGCUGUGUGUGUGAAUAGGCUAGGGAGAGGGGUGCUCCCUGCCACGUGCCCCCCAUCACCCUUCUGGGGUGGCCUGGGGCAGGGCUGUUCAGAGGGGGACGGAAGGAGUGUUCAGGACAGUGGUAAGCAGCUGUGUGCCACUUGCUGACUCCGUGGCCGCUCUGCUGGAGGGGGCUGGCCGUGACCACCCUGGCCCUGCUGUCAGGGCCCAGUGUGAUCCUGCCGGGUGCUCCCUGCACUUCAGGAAUUGUCACAACCAGGGUUGGCCCUUGAAAGCACUCCUUUUUCGGAUACCUCUUCUCAAGGCUUUGGAAUUUGCCCAUCGCUAGCUGACUGUGGACACAAGAAAUCAGGGCCCGGCCCAGGGUCUGCGGAAGCAGCCCGGGCCAGCGCACAGUUGGCCGUGCUCUGAGCCUGUUUCUCAGCUUUACGCCCCUUCGCCUCCCCUCUCGGCCCCACAGGUGCUAUUUAUUGUGCUGGCCCAGGCGUGGGGCUGCCCGAGCUAAGGCCUGGCACAUCCAAGGUCAGCUGCAUGUCCUUCCGUCUUGUCUUUUACUCUGCAGUGAUCUGUUGAUUUUAAUGCUGGACCCCAUAGGAAGGUUUAACACCCCCCCACACACCCCCCAACACCACCAUCUAGUAGUGGCUGGGCACCUAGCCCACAGCUCCCCAGCCGGCCGGCCAUGCUUCCCCGGCCCUCCCUGCUCUGAGGCCUCUCACUUUGCUGUUAUGCAGCAACCAUCCCUUUCCCUCUAUGCAGGGAAGCGGAGGAAAGGGAGAGCCCUUGCCAUACUCCCCCAAUCCCACCCCCCCAACUAGGCCUGGCCGCCUCCUUCCCCUGUUUGCCUCCUGGGUUCGCAUGGACUCGGGGAUUUGUCGGGCAAGGUUUCUCUGCAUAUAUAUAUAUAUCAUAUAUAUAUAUAUAUACACACACACACAUAUAUUGUACAGAAUAAAAGUGUUUUAUUGGA